GGUCCUCGCAGAAGCUCGCAUGGGGCGACGGGCUGGAGAGAUACACCUGGCGCGCCAAGGAGCUUCCAACCCUUCCACGCCCGCUGCCGUCACCGUCAACAGCACCACCACCACCAUCAGCCCCGCCGCUUUUGCUCAGGCACUUUUGAACAGCCGCUGGGCGUUCUCCUCGCGCGGAGCCUCCGCCGGGAGAGAGCUCUGUUCAUUCCUGUCAUAAAGUCGCUUUAGGCUGCCUCUCUGCACAGCUCCCCCUCGCAGAUGCAGAUCUUUGCCACCCUGGAAGAGGGCUCCACUUCCCUUCCCAAACCAGGAGUCCGCCUCCCUCCCUCCGUCCGAUUCAUCCCACAGCGUACAAUUCAUCACUUCUCCGGAGGAUGCCUUCAAACAGCUUAGCGGGGCUGUGGUUUUGGCUUUUCUUUGAAAUACAGGUUAAGGGAUGCGUGGGUCAAACAGGUGAAGGAAGCCAAGAUCUCCGGUUUUCCUCUUUGCAUUCAGAGUUGCUGCACUUCACAGAUAAUAGUGAAUAUGACAUUGUGACAGCAUAUGAAGUAGAUCAAAAUGGAGAUUAUAUAAGCCAUGCAAUUGCACACCAUGAAAGAAGGAAGCGAUCAACUUCAGGAAGAUCAACUGAUUCAUUGCAUCUCCAUCUCCAAGGAUUUGGCCAUGACUUCCAACUUGAUCUUAAGACCUCCAAUUUUCUUGUGGCACCUGGAUUUACAGUACAAACUCUGGGCAAGGGGAGAACCAAGACAAUACAGACAUUCCCAUCUGAAGACUUUUGUUUUUAUCAAGGCAUUUUGCGAUUGCACAAAAACUCAACUGUAGCACUUUCAACAUGUGGAGGCUUGUCAGGCUUGAUCAGGACGCAGGAAGCGGAUUACUUUUUGAAACCACUACCUCCAAAUAUUGCACUUAAACAUAACAUUUCUGUUUCUGGUGGUCACCAUUCUCAUGUACUAUAUAAAAGAUCAAUCGAACCUAAACUAGUAAUGGAUAAUAAUGAGGUAAUUGGAACUGAUGAGAGUCAGCAAGAGGCUCACAAUUAUGUCUUUCAAGAUAGCCAACCAUCUCGCAAUUCUGAGUGGCGUCAAAAACAGCACUUUUGUGGAAGGCGUAAAAAAUAUAUGCCUCAGCCUCCAGGGGGAGACACCUAUAUCUUGCCAGAUGAAUAUAACCUUCUGCUGAGAAACAAGCGGUCGCUUCUGAAAGCCCAUAAGACCAAAGAGUUCAAUGUUGAGACUUUGGUGGUGGUUGACAAAAAGAUGAUGCAAAAUCAUGGCUAUGAGAAUAUUACUACUUAUGUUCUAACUGUACUUAAUAUGGUUUCUGCUUUGUUCAGAGAUGGAACAAUUGGAGGUAAUAUCAACAUCGCAGUUGUUGGCUUGAUACUUUUGGAAGAAGAGCAGCCAGGCCUUGUGAUUAAUCACCAUGCUGACCAUACCCUGAGUAGCUUUUGUCAGUGGCAGUCUGGGCUGAUGGGAAAGGAUGGCAGCCGCCACGACCAUGCAAUUUUACUGACUGGCUUUGACAUCUGUUCCUGGAAAAAUGAGCCUUGUGAUACUUUAGGAUUUGCACCAAUAAGUGGCAUGUGCAGUAAAUACCGCAGCUGCACUAUUAAUGAAGAUACUGGACUUGGACUUGCUUUUACUAUUGCACAUGAAUCUGGACAUAACUUUGGAAUGGUCCAUGAUGGAGAAGGAAAUAUUUGCAAAAAGUCUGAAGGUAAUAUUAUGUCACCCACACUAGCAGGACACAAUGGAGUCUUUUCCUGGUCAGCUUGUAGUCGUCAAUAUCUCUACACAUUUCUAAGCUCUCCUCAGUCCUUGUGUCUUGCUGAUCAACCUAAGCCUGUGCAGGAAUACAAGUAUCCAGAGCAGCUUCCAGGGGAGCUUUAUGAUGCAACUAUUCAGUGCAAAUGGCAGUUCGGAGAAAAAGCUAAGCUAUGCAUGAUGGAUUUUAAAAAGGAUAUCUGUAAAGCAUUGUGGUGCCAUCGAGUUGGCAGAAAAUGUGAAACCAAAUUUAUGCCAGCUGCAGAAGGUUCAAUCUGUGGUUAUGAUAUGUGGUGCCGUGGUGGCCAAUGUGUGAAAUAUGGUGAUGAAGGACCAAAACCAAUCCAUGGACAUUGGUCUGAGUGGUCCAGCUGGUCAUCCUGUUCUAGAACCUGUGGAGGAGGUAUAUCUCAUCGAGAACGAAACUGUUCUAAUCCAAGACCUUCGCAUCGAGGGAAAUUCUGUGAAGGUUCUUCUCGGAUGUUGAAGCUUUGUAACAUUCAGGAGUGUCCCCUAAACAGCAUUAGCUUUAGAGCUGCUCAGUGUGCAGAAUUCAACAGCAAGAGGUUCAGAGGAUGGCACUACAAGUGGAAACCAUACACUCAAGUAGAAGAACAAUAUUUGUGCAAACUAUACUGUAUUGCAGAAGGCUUUGAUUUCUUCUUUUCCUUAUCAAACAAAGUAAAAGAUGGGACGCCCUGUUUGGAGGAUAGCCGCAAUGUUUGUAUUGAUGGUAUUUGUGAGGUGGUUGGCUGUGAUCAUGUCUUAGGCUCCAGUGCUGUAGAAGAUGCUUGUGGGGUAUGCAAAGGAGAUAAUUCAAGUUGCAGAAUUUAUAAAGGGCAAUACACAAAACAACACUCUACAAAUCGUAAGAACUUAAAAGUAUUUUCAAUAUAAUACGUCAUUAAAAUUAUCUGCAGGAAAUUAUUAGA